GGGAUUGGAGGAGGGGAAUCGCUCAGGAAGGGAGGGAGGGAUUGGAGGACAGAGUUGCGAGGCAAACCAGGAUCACAUGAGCACAGAUCUGUUUACAAACUGAAUGUGUGCGGCCAGGAAAGACGCAGGAGCCUUCCUGAAGAAUAUUACUGGCCAGCCUCACUAGCACACAUCUAUAACCCCCAGAUGCUUGCGUUUUGGCUGGGAUAUUUGUUAAAUGAGCUGAGGGACGAAUCGUUUUUUGGUCUACUUUUUUGAUGGAAGGAUUGAGAGAGCAGAUGGUUUUAGGUGGAGAGAAAAAAUACUCCCCCACACAGGCGCACACACACACAUAAACACUCCAGCGGCUUGAAAAUACUGUUCUCUUCCUUCUCUAAAGGGGCUGCUCUUCGAUAAAGGGAUAUACCUCAAAAAACAAGGCAGGCCAAGAGCGACGUCAAGGAAGAACUGCUGGAAUAACCGACAAGAGACUCAAAGGCAUGCCAAAGUCUUUUGCGAAAGGGUUUGAGGGAUAACCAAGACUGUAGAUGGAUCGUAUGUUGUUCACAAUUCUGCACAUAUGGAUGUUUAGUGCUCACUAAACCACCAGACGCAGGAAUUAUCAAGGAAUUUGUUAACUUUUGUGUGUGACAACACAAAGAAGAUCACAUCUGAAGUGCCAUUCGGCCACAUAUGGACUCGUUCUCAAAGACAAGAAGAAUAUCAAGGGCACAUUAUGCUCCCUUUGUCUCUGUAACAAAGCACCUUGUGCAUAUUCACAUCAGCGGAGCCAAAGAGUGAUUGAAAUCUUUUGUUCUUCGAUGCUGGCAUCAUAAGAGUGGAAUGAAUGGAGGAAUAAUUGAACUAUAAUCAAGACAGCACACCCUAUCAUUUUAAGAGCUGGUUUUUAGACCCGUUGGACCUACGGGAACAACGAAGGGUGCACAGUGGCAAAUUGUCGGGAAUAAGUCAAGCUGGAAUCUGGUUUUCGGUUGUGUCCUCCAGCCCCCGCAUUGCCUGUUCCAGAAAAGCAGUGAGUUUGCAGCAGCAGGGCUUGGAGUCAGAUUACAUGCAACCAUUCCAAUGGUGUAACGGCUGCCUCUGUGGUCUAGGGCUGCAGCAUUCAGACUGUGAUAUGUCAGAGGAAGACAUCUACCGUCUGCCGCUCAAUGUGUACGUCAUCGUACUGGGCAUAGGCAUGUUCAUCUUCAUGCUCAGUGUAAUCUUCUGCUGCUAUCUGUUCAGGUUGAAACAGCAAGGCACAAGGGAGCAGUACAGCUACAAUGAGGUGGUGUUGAAAGGCGCAGGAAAGAAGCUGAGCCUAUUGGGACAGCCCUGUGCCGUGUGUCUAGAGGAAUUCAAGACCAGAGACGAGCUGGGCGUGUGCCCGUGUUCACACACCUUCCAUAAGAAGUGCCUGCUGAAAUGGUUAGAGAUCCGCAGCGUUUGCCCGAUGUGCAAUAAACCCAUCAUGCGUGUACAGAACGCCGACGCCCCACGAGGAGCCGAGGGGCUGCAAGACCCAGAGGAGGUGUGACCCCAAAAACUGUACGGCCCACGGCCAGAUUAACACCCUCCAGUUCUGCGAUUGUUGGAACAAAUCACGUGACCUGCUAAGGCUCUCCAAAGCCACCUAUAUGCACCGCCACAGCGGACCCGGAGAACGCGAGAAACCAGGACGACAACGUUCAGCCUCCACUAGUGAUUCAGUACCAUUUUGCCAGUAGCCAAACAUAAAAAUAAUCUCCUAUAUAUCGUGCCACAAUAUUCUUUAAAGUAGUAUCGUGCCGAGGUUCUAAAGCGAGAGACACACCGUGCAUGCUGGGUAACGGACAUCAAAAUGAGAGGUAAAUAUCUCAGGAGUUUGCCUCAGGGGAUCUAACCAGGAAACAAAAGAAAAACAUUAGACUUCGGCAAUUAAACUUUUACUGUCGAUGGACUGCCGUAUAUAUGUGACAAUAGGGUGUAGGUGUAGUGCACUGUCUGACUGGUACUACAGGUCUUCAUAAAGAUCCUGCGUAGUCCUUACAGAAAUAUUCAAUAUGUAAUCAGUAACCAGCAGUUCUUCUCCAUUUAUUGUGUUCAUUGCUUGAAUUGUUAUUUUGUAAUGUUUGUUUUUGAAUAAAAUGUUUUUGUGGUUAACCUUCCUAAA